CAAAGCGUUACCACUGUGUUAGAAAAAGACAAAAGCAGGGGUUUUGGUUAUCAUAAUUUCAAUACAGCGGCAGGGUGGAAUCUUGCUGUGUCGACAUAAUUUAUUUUAUUGGUUCAGUUUUAUUCUUUACAGAAGGGUAAUGCUGAACUCUUGAGCAUUUAAGCAGGCUUGCAGUGACACAUGAAUUUUGUUCUUCCUUUUCCUUUCCAAGCUAUAGACACAAGUGUUACCCAAGUUGUAUUUCUAAGGACUCGCAUGGCUAUGCUUGAAUCUGGAGCAGCAGCUCUUAUCUCUAAUGGGCCUCAAGGUUCUCUCAUCUUCUGGAGCCUGCUCAGCGGAGCCUCACCUCCAGCAAGCUUCAUACCUUCUCGAGUAAAAUCUCCAAUCAGCAGCAUAGCUGUCACUCCUGAUGAUUCAUCUCUUUAUGCGGCCGAUAGUGAUGGUUAUGUGUAUGUCUACAGCAUCAAGGAUUAUGCCCUUGGGAAUCUGGAGCAGGAGCCACCACAAUAUAUGCAUCACUGGCGAGCACAUAUAAAAAUGGUUGUAUCAUUAGAGGUGAUAGAUGAAGACAGAGUCCUGUUGUCCUCAUCUAUAGAUUGCACAGUCCGCCUGUGGAGUCUGACUGGAGAAUACAUUGGGACCUUCGGCCAGGCUGAGCCCUGGGAGGUUUUCACUCCUGCCUCCUGGAAACACCCCAGGGUUCCCUAUGAAAUCCUGAUAGACCCACAAAGCCUGCCCCUUCAUCCAGUGCUAGAAGGACAGUCUUCUGUCUUGGAAGUCAUCAACUCAGACCAGAGUCCCAAAGCCCAGGGGAAACCUGUGCCUAAGCAUGAAGAAAGCUACCAUCCCAAAUAUCCUCACAUCUCUAUUACUGAUGCUGAGAUCAAAGUAGGAGUGAACAAGUGGCUUUCACAGAGCUCUGGUGAAAGAUUGAAGCACAAGCACUGUAAGAAUUUAAAUAAGCCACUUAAUCAUAAGGGAUUGAGUACUUACCACACCAUUAACUGCUAUGAAAUAGCCAAUGUUCCAGAAAUUUGUGAAAAACCUGAUUUGUCUGUACUUGGUUCAGAUUUCUUUUAUGAAAGUUCAUUAGAGGAAAAUUAGAGCAAUACCUUCUCUAGAGGUAACCGAACAUGUGCUAAUCCAUCACUUCGGUCCCAGCCAAGCUUUUUCUGGUAGCUCGAGAACUAGCUGUUUCGACAGAAUUCUACUUUAAAUAAAAUGCCUCUACAAAGUGUUUCUAUAAUCAGAAUAAGCUUCCUGCUAUAGAAUCCUUCUGGUUUGCCAUAUAAGUUCCAACAUCCUUUACAGUGCUAGAGCCAUACUGUCCAUUUCAGCAAGUAAAAACCUAAGCAAGAAGUGUAAGUCAGUUAAAAUGCUUAAAUCUUGAUCCUACCACUAUAUUGGGACCAAUAGAAGUAAAUUACUACCCUCCUCCACACUGCAAACACAGUUUUGAAAUCUAGUGACUUCUUUAGAUUCUUCCCCAUCUUUUUUCUAGAGCUAAGAUUUUUGGUGUUGCCUACUGUACACAACUGCCUAAUGGAUCAGCACAGAGGAAAGUGCAGGCAUGAGGAGCCUAUAACAUGGAUCUGUGUUUUUGUAGUCCAGUUGCUUACAGCCAAUGCUGACAACUAGGCACUGCUACAGAAAGCUGCGUGCACUGUAGCAUUGCUCCUGCCCCUGUCUGUUAGAAGAGCUAGGGAUGUUACUAAAAGCAAUAAUGAGGAGAGAGAAAGGCAAGAGUAAGACUAGUUGGCCCUAAGUAAGCACCAGUCCUCUCAAGUGUACUCCCACUGCAGCAGCUCUAGUGGAACAAA